UUUCGACAAUGUCAGUGUCAAUUUUAUUCAUACAAUGCAGUUUUGGAGUAAAUAUAAUAUUUGAUUUUAUUAAAGGAGACAUUAUGUAUUGUGUUGAAUGCGUUUACCGUUGAUUCGUUGUUUAAAAGUAGUUUGUGGUUUCAAUUGAAUGAAAAAUGGAAAGAACGACAAAAUGAGCUGGUGGUCGACGUUGCUGCUGGUGGUGUUCGCGCAGGCGUCCCUCGGGAGCUACCUGCUGCCCGGGGACGUGGUGCCGCGCCACUACGAUCUGGCCUUCACCUAUGACAUCGAUCCUCGCACCAACUUCAGCUACUAUGCCGUCGCUGAUAUUCAGCUCUCGGUCAAAAGGACCACAUCGAAGAUAGUGCUGCAUGCGCAAGAUUUCUUCAUCCCCGAUGGCAAGGUUACAGUGUCUGGCCUCAUGGACCCCAAGGUGCUGGAGGUGAAACUAAACGACACGUUCAAUCUGCUAACCAUCGCCCUGGACAAGGAUCUCAUGGAGGGGUACAAUUAUACUCUCACGAUACCGUUCUACGGCAACUUGAGGCAAGGGUUAGAUGGCGUUUACAUCAGCAGUUAUAUCAACAAGAAGCUACAAAGUAAGGAGUACUUAAUAGCAACUCAGUUUGAAGCGAUCUGGGCCCGCAAGGGGUUCCCGUGCUUCGACGAGCCGAUGUACAAGGCCACGUUCAAGGUGGCCAUCGGACACAACAAGGACUUCACUGCAGUCGCCAACAUGCCCCUCAUGGCCGGCACUAAUGAGAACGCCAUCGAAAGACACUGGCCUUGGAUGGUUAUCGGACAAACGUUCAACAAAGACAAGUCCUCGUUCGUGUGGGACUACUUCCACGUGUCUGUGCCGAUGUCCACGUACCUGGUCGCGUUCGUGGUGUCGAAGUUCUCGUAUGUGGAGAGUCCGCCGGAGCUCUCGCACACCAAGUUCAGGAUAUGGGCAAGGAGCGAUGCUGCUGACCAAACGGCGUAUGCAGCCAACAUUGGCCCUCGCGUACUGACUCACUUUGAGAAAUGGUUCAACGUGAGUUUCCCGCUGCCGAAGCAGGACAUGAUCGCGAUUCCGGACUUCUCCGCCGGCGCCAUGGAGAACUGGGGCCUCAUCACCUACAGGGAAACUGCGCUGCUGUAUGAUAAGGAGCAGUCCUCCUUCUUGAACAAGGAGAGGGUUGCUGAGGUGGUGGCCCACGAGCUCGCUCACCAGUGGUUCGGUAACCUGGUGACGAUGAAGUGGUGGUCGGACUUGUGGCUCAACGAAGGGUUCGCGACCUUCGCCGCGUCCGUGGGUGUGGCGGCUGUCGAGCCAACCUGGCAGGCGCUCAGCGGAUAUGCUGUCAAUAACAUAUUGGCAGUGCUCAACCUGGACGCUCUGGAGUCUUCCCAUCCUGUAUCAGUCCCAAUAGACAAUCCUAAACGUAUAUCGGAGAUAUUCGACGAGAUCUCGUACAAGAAGGGCGCCACGCUCAUCCGCAUGAUGACCAUGUUCCUGGGAGACGAGGUCUUCAGGAAAGCUAUCAACAGGUACCUGCUGAAAUACUCAUACAAGAACGCGGAACAAGACGACCUGUGGCACGAGCUGACCAUGGCGAGCGAGUCUCACGGCGUGCUCCCGCGCAACGUGUCCGUCAAGACGGUGAUGGACACGUGGACCACGCAGACCGGAUACCCGCUGCUUACGGUCACCAGGGAUUAUGAUGACCAGUCGGUUACUGUCACACAGCGCCGCUACCUGUCGCUGGGCGCGCGCGCGAGCUCGUCGUCGUCGUGGUGGGUGCCGCUGCGCGUGGUGUCGGCGCGGGAGGCGCGCGAGGCGCCGCGCCCGCUGCAGUGGCUCGCCGACCGCGACGGACUCUACAGCGACCACCGCUUCAGCACCGACGCCAGCGACCACGAGUGGCUGCUCUUCAACGCCGAUAUGAUUGCCCCGUACCGCGUGAACUACGACGCGCGCAACUGGCAGCUGCUGACACAGGCACUGCUGAGCGAGCGGUACUCGGCGGUGCCGGUGCUGGGCCGCGUGCAGCUCCUCUCCGACGCCUUCGCACUCGCCGCUACCAACCGCCUCGACUACACCACCACGCUUAAGCUAGCAAGCUACCUCCAGCGCGAAACAGACUACCUUCCCCUCUCGACUGCCCUCAAAGCCCUGUCCAAGAUCGAAACGGUGCUCAAGCGCACGCCGGACUACGGUGCGUUCCAGAAGUAUGUCCGCAAGCUGAUCAGGUCUUCGUAUGAGAGGUCUGGAGGACUUGCUGUGGGCAAGAUCCUCAACGGAGACGACCUCAAUAGUGUCAAGAUGCAGGUGAUGACAAGCAGCUGGGCGUGUCGCAUGAAGGUGCCGGGCUGCGAGGAGAAUGCUGUACGACUCUUCAACCAGUGGAUGGAAACCGAAAACCCUGAUGAAAAUAACCCCAUCCCGCUGGACCUGCGGACGGCGGUGUACUGCGCCGGCGUGUCGCGCGGCAGCGUGCGCGAGUGGCGGUUCGUGCUGGCGCGGAAGCAGCGCGCCAACGUCGCCGCCGCGCGCGCGCAGCUGCUCGCCGCGCUCGCCUGCACGCGCGAGGUCUGGAUACUGCAACAAUACCUGGAGUGGACUGUGACAGAUAACCCGGAGGUCCGUCGACAAGACGCGGUGAGCGUCAUCGUCAACAUCGCCAGCUCGAGCGUCGGCUACUACGUCGCCAAGGAGUUCAUCUACACCAGGAUAGAGGAAAUAUACAACGCGUUUAAGGGCCACGGACAGAACAGCCUCGGCCAUAUAGUGAAGACCCUGCUGUACCAGUUCACGACGCAGCGUGAGUUGGAUGAGUUCAUGGCAUGGCACGGCGCGAACUCUAAAUACUUCGAAGACGUGAAGUUGGCCGUGCAGCAAGCCAUCGAGCGAGCGCGCGUCAACAUCGACUGGACCGACAACAACAGGGCGCUCGUCGUCGACAAGAUGAGGGAGUUCUCCGCCCCCGACCCUACGCCGAGCGUCAAACCUUGGACCGGCCAUCCGAACUUCAUUUACUCGAUAUUCGCUAUUCACAACAUAUCUAGUGUGAGAUUGCGUCCCUUCAAAUAUAGUGUGGGGAAAUGAUAAUCGAUAUUAAGUUAUUGAUGUCGAUUUAAAUCAAUUAUAUGAUAGAGAAAAAUAUAAUGUACAAGAUAGAAUCUUAAAUUUUGAUUAUACAAUUUUUACAGCGAUUUUUUAUGAGUGCUCUUCUAUCAGAAGAGGAAUUAUCUAACUUUAUCCUGUUUACCCGAAAAGGGGGUCUCAAAAUUGCUAUUUUUUUAUAUCGUUUAUACAUAAAUCAGUAAAAGAGACGUUAAUAAAUGUUGGGUUUUUUUUUUGAAAGAUGUGUUUUUUUUGUGUAUUUAAUGCUUUUUAUAUGAGCUAAAUGUGUGCCACGUUCCUCUGUCAUCAAAUAAAAGCAUACUCAUUCGCACAGAACAAUUUGCUUCUUUACAUGUACCUAAUAAGUGCUUUAUUUAUGUCCGCAAUUAAUGUAUUUUUACUCCUUUUCAUAACACAGGCUCAAACAUAACAUUCUAAUAACAAAAUUCUGUACAAAGAGUGUAUUAGUUUAUUUUUAUUUUUAAAUAAGAUGGAUUAUAAAAAAAUAUUAGAUUUCUCCGACCAUAAUGUCAAUUAGGUUUUUAUUUUUAGGUACUUAGAUUAACAAUUUUUUUUGUCGUGGUCGAUGAAUUGUAUGUAAUUCUUUUUGUAAUUUUUUAUCGACUUCGAUGAAAGAGUUUUUAAAGUUUUUCCUGCGUAAGAAUCAGUGACCACUUUUUUUAUUUUGUAAGAUUUUACCAAAUGUUGUACAAAAUCUGUUGUGGAUAUUUUUUUUUAUAUUGUGAUGUAAUUACGUGCAAUUUUGUGAGAUUCCGUCCAUAUACAUAAGUAGAUCUAUACUUAACACAAAAGAGAAAUAAAAUAUUAAUUAUUA